AUGACGGCUCACGACGCCCACACAAUCGGAGUUAUGCCCUCCACAAUCGAAUCAAAACCAGCCAGUGACAGUGAGGGCGUGCGGUGUUACUGCAAUACUGCAGAGUGCGUCGCCACGGGUUAUAUGUGCCGGUCGCCGCACGGCGGAGGCUGCUAUAGCGAGCUGGUGGCACCGAGGAGGACCCACCACGCGAGGCAUGGGUGCUUGCAUCAUUUGGCUGAUACAGAAAAAGAGGCGUUGUCCCACUGUCAGAACUCGCCAGUGUCAGGCGGGGCGCCGCCGCCGCCAGACCAUUCUCUGCUGCUGUGCUGCUUCAGGGAUAUGUGCAACCAUGAGGACAGCCCGCUGUCCACCGCUAGGUUCAACGCCUCUGGCAUUGAUUCUGAUGGUAACGCCGUAGCCAGCGAGCGAGGAGCCAGCUACAACGGCGAAGUGUGGUUCAAAGCGGCCACCAUAGCAGUGCCGGUGUGCGGCGCGCUCAUACUGUUCCUGCUGGUGGCAGUCGCUGUGAGGCUGCUGAAGGCAGACGCGCUGCUCCACGCUGACAGGAAGCUAAGAGGUGGCUACAUGUCGCCACUAGCACAGCACAAUUCCGAAGACGUAAAGAAGAUCUGGGUGGGCGCGCCGUCUGCCCCACUCCUGGUGACCCCUGGUGGCUGCCUGGUGGCGGUCGAACGGGCCCAGCUGGUGGAUGGACCCAGCCAGCAGUUCUGUGAUAUCCAGCGGUAGGCCUGGUGCUCCGUGCCAAAAUGGUGGGUGUACCUUAGGGUUUCUGGUUAGGGCGAGACGCCACGAGUUGAGAUGGAAGGAUGUGGUAGCUGAUGUUUUAAUAUGUCUUUUAAUAUGAUAGGAACAUUUAUGAGUGUCCCAAGUUGACUGAAUUACGAUGCUAGAUUAUGAAGUGUCGUGAAUGAACUUUACAAUAGUACUUUUAUAGUAGACCUAACAGUCUCCGCAUUGCUAGUCUAGAUUAAGGUUUACAUCUACUAUAAAACAUGAAGCCUUGAAGAAUCAAUUUUGUACGUAUCCACUUAUUUAUGUUAGUGAGGUUUCAAGAACAUGAUGUUGCCACGGUAAUAUAAAGUGACUGUUGUCACUGUUAAAUAAGGUCGGAUUUUGCUUAGCAAAUUCAUUGUAAUUUGUAAUAUACAACAUAUCAAUAAACUAUAUUACUUAGGCAUGCUUUUAUUACAAGUCAUUGUACAUAAACAUUGAAUGUAAAAUCUGUUAUAUGUUUUACUGAGUCAAUUUUGAAAUCUAUAUACGAAUUUGUAACUUGUCUCGACGAGAAGUGGUUGUCUCAAUAGUUUGGUACACUAUCCCUAAGUUUUGGACAGGGCACAGGGCAUAUGAAUUUCUUUUAAUUUGCGGGCUGUAACGUGAAGUAGUACCUCAGACGGACGCUUCACGAAAGAGUUCUGACUGCAAUAUUGGAAGCAUUUACGUCAAUAUUGGCAACAUUGAUUGCAAUAUUGGCAACAUUGGCUUCAAUAUUGGCAACAUUGAUUGCAAUAUUGGCAACAUUGGCUUCAAUAUUGGCAACAUUUACUUCAAUUUUGGCAACAUUUACUUCAAUUUUGGCAACAUUGACUGCAUUAUUGGCAACAUUGACUGCAAUAUUGGCAGCAGGUGCACCAUAUCGGUCGGGUAGACAGCCAACCUAAAGUUUGGUCUUGCAAUUUCUUAAAAAAGGUUUUACUACAUUGUGUUAAGAACUCUUUUAUGAAACGAUCCAACGAAAUGAUCUGGAGCAGUGUGACUGAGCGACUGAUUAGAUUGUUAUUAUAAAUGUGGUCACACUGACAUAAUAGGAAAGGGUAGUUCUUGAAAAUAUAGUCUUUCUAAGAAGUGAGGUAAUCGUUUUUCUUCUAACAGUUUUAGCAAAGGUAUUCCUAAAUGACCCAGUGAUGCUUGUAUUACUAGGUUUGGAUAUUUAUCGUAAACAGUGUGUUAGAGUUGGUGACCAUGUUAGUGAGCUGGAGGAAAUUACAUAUGGAGUGCCCCAGGGAAGCGUGUUGGGACCAACACUCUUCCUAAUUUACAUUAAUAACCUCUGCAACCUGGAUAUCUACAACGGGAAAAUCUUCUCAUAUGCAGAUGAUACCGCUAUAGUUUUCUCUGGUUCAACAUGGGAUGAAGUACACACAGUUGCUAAAAAGGGUCUCGCAGAUGUAGCUCACUGGUUGGAUAAUAAUCUAUUGACUCUAAAUGCAUCUAAAACGAAAUAUAUCUGC